CUGAGGUCAAUAUUUGCAAGAUUCGGUUUGCCCUUAGAACUAGUGUCUGACCAGGGACCGCCUUUCACAAGUAUUGAAUUUAAAAGUUUUUUGAAAAAUAAUGGCAUUCAGCAAAGGUUUUCACCGGCGUACCACCCUGCAUCUAAUGGGGCAGCGGAAAAUGCUGUUAAGCUGUGUAAGAGGGCAAUUAAAAAGGCUUAUAGGGAUGACGUAGAUAUUGAUACCGCCCUACAAACCUUUUUACUAAGCUAUCGCAACAGUAAGCAAAGCACCACGGGUGAGAGCCCAGCGAUGCUGCUGCAGCGACGUUCCUUGCGUUCACGGUUGGAUUUACUUCGCGGUGGGUACGUGGUGCAAGCGCGUGUGCUCGAUGCUCAGCAGCGUCAAGUCGAAUAUGCGGGUGGUGUUCCGCGUAAUUUCUUUUUGGGAGACACCGUCUGGAGUAGGGACUACGGCACCCGGGAUAAAUGGGUCAAGGGCACGGUAGCCCAGAAAGAAGGUUCUGGAAGAUACGUUCUCGACAAUGGUGACGGUCGACUUAUUAAAAGACAUAUUGAUCAAAUAAGACGUAGGUCGCGCUUAUCCGAUGUUACCUGUCCAGAUAUCACUAAUGAGGUCGAUGAAAAGGAUGAGGAUGAGUUUGCAGAUGCGUCUUCAGAGUUGCAAACGGAGGCCCCGCCACUCCUCCACCGUUCCAGGCGAAUCCGAAAACCCGUAAUUAAAUUCCAAUGUUAG